AUCACGGUAAUAUCGUUUGUACGGCUCGUGCAUAUUUAUUUAACAAAGUCUAAGAGAAAUUGAAUGAGAAUAUCAUUAUUUAAUUUAUAUUAUCGGCGUUUAAUAAAUAAUUCGUUCGUUUUGUCUGGAGGUUAUACGUGAAUGACUCGGUUAAAAAUGUCGGACGACGAGAUGGAGAGAUUCGAGAUAACGGAUUACGACCUGGACAAUGAAUUCAAUAUCAACCGCCCUCGCAGGAAACUUACAAAGAAACAGCAGAUGCUGGGUAUCUGGGCGGACGACAGCGACGAAGAAGUGCCAAUGAGACCGUCCUUCAAGAUGUCCAGCAAAGUGCCUAAAAAUUACACAGCGCCAGUAAAUUUUGUUGCCGGUGGGAUACAGCAAGCAGGAAAACCAGAAGAUGAGAAAAAUAAGGAAGAAGAGGAAGAAGAAAAAAUCGGUAGACCUAGAAGAGAAGACGCGGACUACGUACCAAAUAGUUCCAGUGACUCCGAACCUGAAAGCUCCAGCAGCAAACAAUCGAAACCAUCGUUUUCCUUGAGUCUAGGAAGCGACAUCGCGGGCUUGCGGAAGAAAAAAACAUCGAUUAACCCAUCGUUAAUAAAAAGCGGAGUCGGCAGCUGGGAGGUGCACACGAAAGGUAUUGGCGCAAAGCUUUUGCUUCAGAUGGGCUACGAGCCUGGGAAAGGUCUAGGUAAACAGCUCCAGGGUAUAAGUGCUCCCGUGGAAGCUCGACUCAGAAAAGGCAGGGGUGCGAUAGGAGCCUACGGUCCGGAGAAGACUCCAAAGAUCGUCGACAGAAAGAAAGACGACGAAGAUGAGGGAAAAGAAUUUAAGAUGAAGCAAUCUCAGUGGCGGAAGACAGAUUCUGCAUCGAACAAGAAGAAAGUGAAAUACGUUUACAGAAGUGUCGACCAAGUGCUGGAGGAUGGGAAGCUGCGACCGAAUAGACAAGUUCCUCUUAAUAGCGACAUGACGAAGGUUAAAGUAAUCGACAUGACUGGUCCAGAGCAAAGAGUGCUCAGCGGCUACCAUGCUAUCGCAAGUGGCCAACAAAGACCUGAUGAUACUAUCUUACCCACUGACAAGAAAGCCAAAAUGAAUUUCUCUCUGCCAGAAUUGCAGCAUAACCUCAAUCUACUGGUAGACAUGUGUGAACAGGACAUCAUCCAAAACGACAGAAGAACUCGACACUUGACCGACAGAAUGGUCGCACUGGAGGCCGAGAAGAAGAACCUGACAAAGAUCGUCGACCAUCAUGGUCAGUUGAUAGGAACUCUGGAAAAUGUAUUAGCAGUUGUCGAUAGACUAAUGGACCAAACCAACGAGCUGUCAUUGUACGAGACUGCGGAGGCUUUCAAGAAUUUGCAGGACAGGUAUUACGAAGAGUACAAGGUGUACGAAUUGGGAGAACUAGCCACUAGUUUGGUUAGUCCUAAAGUGAAGGAAUACUUGACUACGUGGAACCCUUUGAUGCAAUCGAAGCAGCCCAUGGAAUUAUUCAAAGAGUGGAAAGGAAUUUUGGAGGCUGGAAGAGGGACUCUUCAGAGAGGGAUGCAUCCAUACGAUCAUCUUGUCUGGAACGCAUGGAUGCCUUCGAUUAGGGGAGCCAUACAGCACUGGUCCUGCAGACAACCCGAACCCUUGAUCGAACUGAUCGAACAGUGGAUACCGCUGCUUCCAGGAUGGAUUCUGGAAAACAUCCUGGAUCUUCUGAUUCUUCCAAAGCUGACGCUGGAGGUAGAAGAAUGGAAUCCCCUCACCGAUACGGUGCCCAUUCACACCUGGAUUCAUCCCUGGCUGCCACUAAUACGUAAUCGUCUUGACACUUCUAUUUACCCAAUCAUCCGGAGGAAACUUGGAUCGGCACUGGGAGGAUGGCACCCAUCGGAUCGGUCAGCCAGGUUGAUGCUUCAACCGUGGGCCCAAGUAUUCCACAAAGGAGACAUGGAGGCGUUCCUUGUGAAAAAUAUAUUGCCCAAGCUCCAAGUGGCGCUGUCAGAGUUCGUUAUAAAUCCUCACCAACAGCAUCUUGACCAGUGGAACUGGGUUUACGAGUGGAGGGAAUUAUUACCUCCUCACACGAUGACUGGAUUGCUGGAUAAAUUCUUCUUCCCGAAGUGGCUGCAAGUCUUGGCACUAUGGUUGAAUCACUCGCCUAAUUACGAUCAAGUCACGAAUUGGUACAUGGGCUGGAAGGGGAUGCUGAACGACAAGCUCCUGGAGGAACCCGUCAUUAAAGAGCACUUCAAGAAAGCUUUGGACAUGAUGAACAGAGCCGUAGCGAUGCCCCAAGGUCAUCAACCAGGAGCCAUGGAACAGGUGUCGUACUUGACAAGUUUAGAAAGAUCACAAACACCUUUAUCACAGGUCUCCAUGUCUCAGCCAAGAAUGGAAAGACUAGCCGAAGCAGUGCGAACUGCAUCUCAGAUCCCGCAAGGAUUUAAGGAUCUGGUUCAGAAGAAGUGCGAAGAGAGAGGCAUUCUCUUCAUGCCGAUCCCCAACAAGUACAGAGAAGCUAAACAGGUUUAUAAAGUUGGGAAUGUGCAAGCCUACAUUGAUGGAAAUGUCAUAUUUGUAUGUCAUAACGGAGCAACUUGGCUGCCGACACAUCUGAAUGCUCUGUUGGACAUGUUUGAUAUUUAGAGACCGCUGUCAAUUGAGUACCAACAUGUAUAUCAGUGUUAUCUGUACUAUUAACACGUACUCUGUGAACUUUUUUUACAAUCUCGUGUAAAUAUUAAAGAUCGCCUUGUUAAAAGCGCAUUUGAUAAUUCAUAAAUAGUACCUAAUAUUUAAUGAAAAGAAGUAAGUCCUACGUGGGAUAUUUUUCUUUAACUUCCCCAAUUUGUUACAUUAACUUGACGACAGAAGUAUCGAUGGAAAAUUUUAAUCUUUCAUCGAUUCACGUACAAACUUUACACAGAGGUUAGGAAUACUGUUAUAAUAUAGAAUAAAUAUGGACUACUCCAGCGGAAGAGAGAAAAAAUAUCUCUAAAAUAGCACGCAGGCUUUACUUUUUUGUAAUAUAUACUUUUUGUGGUGUUUCUGGCAAGAAGAAGCUCUUUGUACUUACAGCAGUCUAUUCUUGUUUAAAGGCUUUAUGUUUCUACCUUACAUUGCUAAGUGUACUCUAUGAACGAUUCAGUUUUAUGCCUUGUGAAACGUUAUGUGUGAUUCAACUGGAAUCGACACAAUCGGUUUACAAUUAUUACAGAAAAUAUAGAUAUCUUUUUCGGCCCUAAUGAAUUAAUAACGAGAUUGGAAAACGAAAAGUCAUUAACUUUAAAUAAGUUCCGAGAAGUCAGUCUAACUGGUCACUUUCAUUUGCUUAUAAUAUACUUCAUAGCAAAACAUACGUCUAAGUACAAACUUUUUACGACAUUCUAUUAUAUCAUCAUAAAAUAUAUUAGCUCUUUAUA